AACAAACACUGAUCACUCAAAAAAAAAAAAAAAGAAGACUUAUCACUAUCAACUUGAACAAACGUCAUUUUCAAGACCACUUUCCUCUUCUUUCUUUCCCUGAAAUUCAUCAGCUCUUCUUCUCCCCCAUAAAGAGACCUCAAACCCCCUUUCCCAAAUCUCAAUUGAGCUCUGCAAAUUUCUUCUCCUCCAUCAACCAUGGCCUCACCUGUUCAAGAAGGUGAUAAAGACUUGGAGAAGGGGCAGAUCAGUCUAAUAACCACCCAAAUUUCCCAGAGUGGGCCAUCUCCAUCCCCAUCUCCCUCAUCAACUGCCCCUGCAUUGGUCCUCUCAAAUUCUGGGAAGCGAAUUGAUCAAGCGGGGAAGAAGAAAUAUGUGAAACAGGUGACAGGUAGGCACAAUGACACCGAGCUUCAUUUGGCAGCCCAAAAGGGGGAUCUUGCAGCCGUGAAGCAAAUUCUUGACGAUAUCGGCUCUCAAAUGGUUGGGAUGCUGAGCGGGGCUGAAUUUGAGGAAGAGGUGGCUGAGAUUAGGGCAUGUGUGAUCAAUGAGGUGAACGAGUUAGGAGAGACGGCACUGUUUACUGCAGCUGAUAAGGGUCAUCUUGAUGUGGUUAAAGAGUUGUUGAAAUAUUCAAAUAAGGAAACUCUCACCAAGAAGAACCGGUCUCUCUUCGAUCCUUUGCAUAUUGCUGCAAGUCAAGGACACCAUGCCAUUGUGCAAGUACUAUUGGACCAUGAUCCAGAACUAAGCAAAACAAUCGGGCCUUCAAAUGCCACACCCCUUAUAACGGCAGCAGCAAGAGGACACAUAGAUGUGGUGAAUGAAUUGCUUGUGAAGGACUCCACAUUGGUUGAGAUUUCAAGAUCCAAUGGGAAGAAUGCAUUGCAUUUAGCUGCGAGACAAGGGCAUGUGGAGAUUGUCAAGGCAUUGCUUGACAAAGAUCCACAACUGGCAAGAAGGACAGACAAGAAAGGCCAAACAGCUUUGCAAAUGGCAGUGAAGGGGGUUAACUGUGAAGUGGUAAGAUUGCUUCUCAACGCUGAUGCUGCGAUCGUUAUGCUUCCAGACAAGAAAGGGAACACUGCAUUACACGUUGCUACCCGGAAGAAGCGCGUGGAGAUUGUGAAUGAGUUACUCCGUCUGCCCGACAUGAAUGUCAACGCACUGACCAGAGACCACAAAACAGCCCUAGACAUUGCAGAAGACCUCCCCCUCUCAGAAGAGUCCUCUGAUAUAAAGCAUAGCCUCUGCCGCUACGGAGCGGUGCGAGCCAACGAGUUGAACCAACCAAGAGACGAACUGCGGAACACCGUGAGCCAAAUCAGGAAAGAUGUCCACACUCAGCUGGAACAAACCAUGAAGACCAACAAGAAUGUCUACGGGAUCGCCAAAGAGCUGAGGAAACUCCACCGCGAGGGGAUAAACAACGCCACCAACUCCGUGACGGUGGUGGCCGUCCUCUUCGCAACGGUGGCGUUCGCCGCCAUAUUCACCGUCCCCGGCGGCGACGACGACAACGGGAUGGCGGUCGCUGUGGCCCACACCUCCUUCCAGAUCUUCUUCAUCUUCAACGCCAUCGCGCUCUUCACCUCCCUAGCGGUGGUGGUGGUCCAGAUCACGCUAGUGAGGGGGGAGACGAAGGCUGAGAGGAGGGUGGUGGAGAUCAUAAACAAGCUCAUGUGGUUGGCUUCGGUGUGCACUUCCGUGGCGUUCAUGGCUUCGUCCUAUAUAGUGGUGGGGAGGAAGUUCGAGUGGGCCGCGGUGUUGGUCACGUGUGUGGGUGGGACCAUAAUGACCGCGGUGCUCGGGACGAUGACGUACUAUGUGGUGAGGUCUAGAAAGAUCCGGUCCUCAAAGAAGAGAGAGAGGAGUACUUCAAGAAACUCUUGGGCUCACUCCGAGUUUUCUAACUCGGACAUUGAGCGGAUUUAUGCAAUCUGAGAUGGUGAUGAUGAAGAAGAAGAGAGGAGAGAAGGGGUUGGAAGCAGUGAAAGAAAGAGUCCCUGAGAAAUGAUGAAGGGUCAAAAUGGCUGCCUUAGCUUCUCCUCUUCAAUGGACUAUUCUGUUCAAUAAAACUUUAAGAAGAAGAAGAAGAUGAUGAUGAUGAUGUUUCAGAGGAGGGAGAGAUAUAAUGGCCUACUGUUUCAUUGUUUACUAUUGAAGAUUUUCAAAUUUCUGACACUUUUUUGUCCCUAACCUUCAGGAGGGCCAGGAGAAUGUGAUAUAUAUAUAUACACAACAUUGUGUGGGACUUAUUUGCAAGUAAAUGGGUGUUGUCACUGGGGAAAAAAGCAUCUCUUUCAUU